AUGAACAUUUUAUUACCAGAGAUAAUCCUGAGAAGAUAUGAAAAUGACGGCCCUGAGAAUUUAAACUCAAUAAAAGACUGGGAUAGAGUGUAUAAGUAUAAGCAGCAGAACGUAUCUUACAACAGACUAGAUGAAAGUUUAACAGCUAUGCAUGGUAAAAUCUACCAAUGCAGUAAAUGUUUCAAAGUUGUCAGAAAGUUAUCAAAUGUAAAUAGACAUAAGAUGAUAUAUACUGGAGAAAUAACAUUGAAGUGUAAAAAAUAUGAAAAAGUCUUAAAACUAUGCUCAAACUUCCGUAAACAUAAGAUAACCCAUUCUGUGGAAAAGCAGUACAAAUGUAAAGAAUAUUGCAAAGUCUUUAAAUCUUGCUCAAGACUGUCUAAACACAGGGAACUUCAUACUGCAGAGAAAAUUUACCAUUGUGAGAAUGAUGACAAGUAUCUUAGCCACAGCUCAAAAUAUUAUAACUAUGAGACAAUUUAUAAUGUAGACAAUCCUUACAAAUUUGAAGCAUGUGACAAAUCCUUUAACCAUUACUCAUCCCUUUCUGUACAUAAAAGAAUUCAUUCUGGAGAGAAACCCUACAAAUGUGAAGAAUGUUGCAAACCCUUUAAGGAUUCCUCAACUCUUUCUGUACAUAAAAUAAUUCAUUCUGGAGAGAAACCCUACAAAUGUGAAGAAUGUGGAAAAGCCUUUAAUGAUUCCUCUACUCUUUCUGCACAUAAAAGAAUUCAUUCUGGAGAGAAACCUUACAAAUGUGAAGAAUGUGGAAAAGCCUUUAACCAUUCCUCAACCCUUUCUGUACAUAAAAGAAUUCAUUCUGGAGAGAAACCCUACAAAUGUGAAGAAUGUGGAAAAGCCUUUAAGAAUUCCUCAACCUUUUCUAUACAUAGAAGAAUUCAUUCUGGAGAGAAACCCUACAAAUGUCAAGAAUGUGGAAAAGCCUUUAACUAUUCCUCAAUCCUUUCUGUACACAAAAGAAUUCAUUCUGGAGAGAAACCCUACAAAUGUCAAGAAUGUGGAAAAGCCUUUAAUGAUUCCUCUACUCUUUCUGCACAUAAAAGAAUUCAUUCUGGAGAGAAAUCCUACAAAUGUCAAGAAUGUGGCAAAGCCUUUAAUUAUUCCUCUACUCUUUCUGCACAUAAAAGAAUUCAUUCUGGAGAGAAACCCUACAAAUGUGAAGAAUGUGCAAAAGCCUUUAAUGGUUUCUCUAAACUUUCUGUACAUAAAAGAAUUCAUUCUGGAGAGAAACCCUACAAAUGUGAAGAAUGUGGCAAAGCCUUUAACCAGUACUCACAUCUUUCUGUACAUAAAAGAAUUCAUUCUGGAGAGAAACCCUACAAAUGUCAAGAAUGUGGAAAAGCCUUUAACUAUUCCUCAAUCCUUUCUGUACACAAAAGAAUUCAUUCUGGAGAGAAACCCUACAAAUGUCAAGAAUGUGGAAAAGCCUUUAAUGAUUUCUCUAAACUUUCUGUACAUAAAAGAAUUCAUUCUGGAGAGAAACCCUACAAAUGUCAAGAAUGUGGAAAAGCCUUUAACCAGUACUCACAUCUUUCUGUACAUAAAAGAAUUCAUUCUGGAGAGAAACCCUACAAAUGUGAAGAAUGUGGAAAAGCCUUUAACCAUUCCUCAAUCCUUUCUGUACACAAAAGAAUUCAUUCUGGAGAGAAACCCUACAAAUGUGAAGAAUGUGGAAAAGCCUUUAAUGAUUUCUCUAAACUUUCUGUACAUAAAAGAAUUCAUUCUGGAGAGAAACCCUACAAAUGUCAAGAAUGUGGAAAAGCCUUUAAGGAUUCCUCAACCCUUUCUGUACAUAAAAAAAUUCAUUCUGGAGAGAAACCCUACAAAUGUCAAGAAUGUGGAAAAGCCUUUAACCGGUCCUCAAACCUUUCUGUACACAAAAGAAUUCAUUCUGGAGAGAAACCCUACAAAUGUCAAGAAUGUGGAAAAGCCUUUAACCAGUCCUCAAGCCUUUCUGUACACAAAAGAAUUCAUUCUGGAGAGAAACCCUACAAAUGUGAAGUAUGUCGAAGAGCCUUUAAGGAUUCCUCAACCCUUUCUGUACACAAAAGAAUUCAUUCUGGAGAGAAACCCUACAAAUGUGAAGUAUGUCGAAGAGCCUUUAAGGAUUCCUCAACCCUUUCUGUAAUGUAG